GCUCGGAAAGGAGGGGGCCUCGGGGAGGAGGCCCGGCCGGGGAGGCGGAGGAGGCCGCAGUCCCUGCCCCGAGCUUCAAAACAGCCGGCGCCUCGCCCCGCGCGCAGCCCGUGCGUCCAGACGCCCGCGCUCGAUUUGGACUUGUCUUACUUGCCCUUUUUGGGCUGUCUCACCACCCACUCAGCCCUCACCGCCCUGUGAACAUGUUGGCCAUUCUUGCCUUCAUCAUUGUCUUCCACAUCGUCUCUGCAGCGCUGCUGUUCAUCGCCACCAUUGACAAUGCCUGGUGGGUAGGAGAAGGCUUCUCUGCAGACAUCUGGAGGGUGUGCCUCAACGCUACAAACUGUACAGAAAUCAAUGACUUCAGUACCGACAGUCCUUUUAAAGGUUACUCCAUAAUGCAGGCGGUACAAGCCACCAUGAUCCUCUCCACCAUCCUCUCUUGCAUUUCCUUUCUCAUCUUCCUGCUCCAGCUCUUCCGCCUCAAGCAAGGAGAGAGGUUUGUCCUGACCUCCAUCAUCCAACUCAUGUCAUGUCUAUGUGUCAUGAUCGGGGCUUCCAUUUAUACGGACCGGCGCCAAGAUAUUCACACCGACAACUAUAUUAUCUAUGCGGAGACAUCGGAAGGCAGCUAUGGUUACUCCUUCAUCCUGGCCUGGUUGGCCUUCUCUUUCACUUUCAUCAGCGGCCUCAUGUACCUGAUCCUGAGGAAGCGCAAAUAGAUUCAGGGAGCUGGGCUGCUCUCCCCACAGCAGGGCAUCCACAUUCACAUAACCAUUUUGUAUAUAAUCAUUUUUUGUGGUUUUUCUAGCAAACAUAUUGUUUCCUUUAAAAGCUUUAAAAAAGAAGAAGAGAGAGGAGUUUUUGCAUUCUUAAGAUCAGAGACUGAACCAUGAAGGCUGGUUAGAAUGCCUGCCCACCAGAAAGUCUCAGUCAGGCGAAGCAAGAUCAGCAUGGAGGAAAUCAGCAGGACAAUUCUUCCCUGUGGGGCUGGACUGGAGUGUGACUGGAGGUGUGGAAAGCAGGUCUCUGGGGACAGACUCCCUCAAGGUUUCUGCCUUGUCCCGCCUUCCCUUCCCUUCAGCAGGUGGGAUGAAGAGGGGCGUCUAUCUGUAGAUGUUGACCCCAAGUUCAUGUGAGAAACAGGUAAAGACAAGCCCUGGGGUUCUGUCUAUAAGUGAGCCAGAGUCCCAACCCUCCUGCAGUGAACCAGGUCACCACCCAAAUUUACUGACAGUCUGCUGCGUGUCUUUGGGACAGUUGAUCCUUAACCUACAUGCCACAUUUAGGCAGAGCAUCUCUGUAGGUGAUUUCUUAGGGCAUCUUAUGUGCAGACUUUCAGUCCACUUGGCAGACCUUCAGAAUCUCUCAUCAUGGGAUGGGACUGGGUUUUUGAGGUUCCAACAAGCUCCUCAGAAGUGCUUAGGUGCAGUAAAGUUAGGGACCAUAGUCCCAGAGUCAGGGGAGAACAACCACCCCAUAAAUGUUGGCAGACUCGUGUUGAGAUGGCCCCACUGCUGGCCACACCUUGGCCUCCACGAGCUCUGUCUCUUCAACAGCUGUUUACAUCUGGGCUACCUGUGCUCCAUUCCCAGGCCAUAUGUCUCCAUAGCCAGACACCUCCCUGCCCUGUUGUAGAAAAUCUGUCCUUUCUCUUCCUGUGCUGCAAUCUAAGGUAGACUGCUCCCAUUAACCCCUGUUUCUGAAGCCUCGGAAGAUCAUCUACCAUCCAUCCAUCCAUCCAUCCAUCCAUCCAUCCAUCCAUCCACAUGAAUGGAUCGUGUCACAUGGCAGUGCUGGGGUACCCUCCCAAGAUGAUUUCUUUCCUCUUGAGGCUCAGUCUGGAGAAGAACACAGACUAGAAAUGAAUUAGGAAAAUUACCAACUAUGAUGGAGCUGUAGGGAACCCCACCAGAGAUUCAAAACAGGCCAACAGGGUGGGAGGGAACCAGCUUUCUACGUGCCUGCUUUUAAGUGCCAUGAGGCAUUUAGAUGGCUCUAAAUAUAGCUCCAUUCAGAUGUAACAGAUACCAUUUAUUGGACAGAGCCCAUCUGUGUUCCACCCAAAGAACAUUUCUGUGGAGGGUGUCACAGUCCCCACAGUAAGUGAGACAAAAGGGUUCCCCAGAGCUAUGCUUCUCGAUCUUUAACAGGUAUCUUGGGAGACUCCAGCUUGGCAGGUCAGAAUAAAUCAACAGUCCAGUUGAUUCCAAGAUUGUACUGAGAAAUGAGGCCCUAGGAAAGUUGUCAAUAACACACGAGAAACUGUGCUGUUCUGGAGACUCCAGAACUCUAGAAAGAUGUCUCUUCCCACCUCCGUAUCUUUUCUUUCUUGUGUUUUAAGCAUCAAGCUGGGGAGGUCCUGGGACAGGAUGUGGGACUUUGUGCUAAAGGUAGGGGUGGGUGAUUAACCACAAGCUCAGUUCCAGUGGAGCUGGGCUGAUGUCAGAUCUGAGUGACGAGGGUCAUCAGGACAUGCCUUCAGUACAGGAUUAGCUUCCUUCUUUCUUUAUCCCUCCCUCCUUCCCUCUUUCCUUUUGUCCUUUCCUUUCUUCCUUCCUCCAUUGGAGAGCCCACUAGGGUGACAAGAAGCUAGAGAAAGGCAAAUGACUACUUCCUGCCUCAGUAGAAGACUGUGUGCUGGAGUGCAGGGUUUUUUGGAUGUCUUCUGAGGCCUACAGAAGAAGGCUGGGCCUAAAGUGCCUGCCACACUUUCUGCCUGGGGCUUUUCUAUUAUGUUCUGAUAGUCAUGUUGGAAGAAAGCAGAACAGUUUAGAACCAGAGGUGUGGAAAGCCUGACCCCUGAGCCAGCAUGAUUCCCACCAGAGAAAGCCUCAGGGCUACAGAAGUGCUCCUGUCAAAUUUGAUAGGAGUGCCCCACGGGUUCUUCUGGCUGCUUGCCACUAUGACCAGCUUUCAGUGCUCACAUCCACCCAUGACACAAGAGGUGCCUCUUUCCUGCUCUGUGCCAAACAUUCAGGAAGCUGGAAAGUGACAAGGGUGUGAGGAAGAACAGAUCCACCCUUCUCCUCCUAGGUAGAAUCAGCUCUCAGUUGGUGCUUAACACCUGUUAUCAAAGAACAUGGACAAAGCCAGCCAGGCUAUCCAAGAAAUAAGCAUUAGGACCAAACCUGUCACUGCAUUUGAAGGAACCGUAGUUUGCGCAUCUUACGACAUUUUUAUAAAGUACUGUAAUUCUUUUGUUCGGGGGGGGGGCAUGUGACGGAGACAGACUAACCCGUGUUUGUCAUUUGCAUUAAAGUUAUUUGAGGUCUCUGUUUAAA